AUGUCUUCUCGAUUGACCUCUUCUGCUGCCGUUGCCCUGCGCCGUCGUCAGGACCCCAAGCUCAUGGACAAAUUCAACCUCGCCUCGCUCAACGGCGGCAAGAGUCCGUUCAUCGUGUCGAGCAACCAGCUACUAAAGGUGGACAAGAAGCCGGUGACGAGCUCAACUUCUAAGCCUCGUGCCGUGAACAAGCUCUCGCUUGAGUAUCUGCUGGGCCCUCGCAAAGCUCCGACAGGCACCACACUUUCGAAGUAG